UAUUAUGUCAAGUGAACUUUUAGUUGAUAAAUCAGUGAACAACGGUUUUUAGUUGAGUUGUCACCGAAGUGAGCGAGGUACUUGCAUUCUUGAUGCGCAAUCAAGCUAAUACUUUUUGUCUCAACUAGCGCACGAUGCGUUCGAUAAUACCCCGUAAAUACGGGCCGUUGACGACUCUCAUUAUUAUUUUGACACUCGCAGCCGCCACACAUAGCUUUAAAAUUUUAAUAUUGUACCCGACACCGUCGUUUAGUCAUCAACGUCCGAUUAUGGCAUUAACUGAGCGGUUAAUCAAAGAAGGCCAUGAAUUGUUUGUAGUCACACCAAACCCUGUGUCGGAUCUUAAGGAUCACGUCAACUACACUCUUGCAGACCUCUCUUUCGCGUAUGGUCAGCGCGAAGACAAAAAAAAUGGCGUACCCCAAUAUCAGCGGCAGCUUUCCAAAUGGAAAACAGCUACAAUGACCAGGGCGAUGAUGAAACUUAUACAGAUCCAGCUUCGAAGCCGGGAAUUCCUUCACUUUCAAAAGCAUCUGGAGUCGGAAAAAAUCAAAUUCGACGUUGUGAUUGUUCAAUCUUAUCUACUUCCAUACCUGGCCCCAAUAGCAAGCAUCCUAGCUACAAAUGCCCCGAUAAUAGCCGUAUCAUCAUUUUCUUCGGACCUCAUCGGAGAAGACUUUCUGGGCAGUAAAAUGCAUCUGUCUUUUUCACCCUCUACUUUUGGUCAUUACACGGAUGAAAUGAAUUUAUGGCAGAAGAUUGAAAACUGGUUUUCCCAUACUUACAUCAAAUCCAGCAUAAGGAGAACGGUAGAGGAUUCUGCGAAGCAAUUUUUCCAGGAGAUUUAUGGUUCGGGAGGUGAGAGACUGGUGGAUUUUUGGUGGGUAAACGUCAGCAUUACUCUGCUCACCUCCAAUUCGUUGUAUUACUAUCCGAGGCUUUUGAGCCCAAAUGUUAUUCAAACCGGACCUCUGCAUAUUAAACCUCCGAAGCAGCUACCACAGGAUUUACAAGACUGGUUGGACGGGGCGGAGAAAGGAGUGAUCUACUUCAGUCUUGGAAGUAAUUUAAAAAGCACAUCUUUACCACAAGACGUGCUCAAAAACUUCUUGAAAUUCUUCCGAGAGUUGCCGGUUGGCUACAGGGUGCUCUGGAAAUGGGAAUCUGGCGGGGAGAUUCCAGGACAGUCCGAUAACAUUUUAACCCAAAGGUGGAUGCCGCAAGAUAGCGUACUUGCUCAUCCGAAAGUGAAAGUAUUCAUUACGCAGGGAGGGCUUCAGAGUUUCCAAGAAGCAGUACACUACGGGGUCCCCACAGUUGGAAUCCCGUGGUUUGUGGAUCAAAAUUGUGUAACAGCCAAAAUGGUCGAUGCGAAAGUUGGAGUCAAGUUGUCGCCGCAAGAUAUCCACUCCUUUGAAAAAAUUAAAGCAGGCAUCGAAGCAAUGUUACACGAUGAAAAGUAUCUGGAGAACAUGCGACGACUUUCGGCCAUAUCCCGUGACUUCACUUCUCAAGCCAUGGACAAAGCGGUCUUCUGGAUAGAGCACGUUGCUCGUCAUGGAGGUGCAUCUCAUUUGAGACCAGCCAUCGCUGAUUCGAGUCUCUUCGAAUUCCUCUGCCUGGACAUUACAUCAGUGAUCUUAUUUUCAUGUUUCAUUAGUCUCUACGGAUUUUUCUCUAUUGGCAGAGUCGUAAUAACGUAUUUAUGUAAAAAUUUUGGGGGAAAAAUAAAAGGAGCUUGA